AUGGAGGAUACCGAUGAUACGUUCAUUAAGUUGGAAGUAGAUGGUUCUGUUCUCAGGAAUGGGCACAGUGGCUGUGGAGGAGUCAUCAGAGAUUACUUGAAUAACUGGAUAUGUGGUUUUUGUGCUAAGCUCACAAAUGUAUCCCCAACUAUUGCGGAGCUGAUGGGGAUCCUACACAGCCUGAACUUAGUUUGGUCUAGAGGUCAUCAAAAGAUUCUUAUAUAUUCAGACAGCAUGGAGGCUAUCAACUUAGCGACGCGGGGAUGUGAAGACAGCUACCCUUUUAAAGAUUUAGUUGAUUAUGUUAGGCUUACUGUUAAUAGAGACUGGCAUACUAUUUUUUGUCAUGUAGAAAGGGACUUGAUCCCUUUAGCAGACUCUUUAGCGAAUUACGCUCAUAGGAUAGACGGCAAUUUUUACCUUUUUGAUUGCCCUCCUCCUGACGUUUCUGAGACGGAUGGAGAGCAGAGUAGGGCUUGA